CACAAAACUCCCAUUGCUUCCAGUGAGUGCUAUACUUUCUGUUUCAGCCUGUGUCUCCCUUCUCCCUCCGUGUUAUUUUCGUCGCGUUGCUGCCAGUGCUGCUGUGCCUGCGAGACCGUGCUGCUAACAGCUACCCCGCGCCCAGGACACAACACCGCAAAUAUGGUUACCAAGGUUGGCAUCAACGGUUUCGGCCGUAUCGGACGUAUUGUCUUCCGUAACGCUCUUGAGCACGGCGAAGCUGACGUCGUUGCUGUCAACGAUCCCUUCAUUGAGACUCACUAUGCUGCCUACAUGCUCAAAUAUGACACCCAGCACGGUAUCUUCAAGGGUACCAUCGAGCACUCCGGCAACGAGCUCAUCGUAAAUGGCAAGAAGAUCAAGUUCUACCAGGAGCGUGACCCCGCCUCCAUUCCCUGGGCGGAGAGUGGUGCCGAGUACAUCGUCGAGUCCACUGGUGUCUUCACCACCAUUGACAAGGCCUCUGCCCACUUGAAGGGUGGCGCCAAGAAGGUCAUCAUCUCGGCUCCUUCUGCUGAUGCUCCUAUGUUCGUCAUGGGUGUCAACAACGAGACCUACACCAGCGAACACAAGGUCAUCUCCAACGCUUCUUGCACCACAAACGGUCUGGCUCCUCUCGCCAAGAUCAUCAACGACAACUGGGGUCUCGUUGAGGGUCUCAUGACCACUGUCCACUCCUACACUGCCACCCAGAAGACCGUCGACGGCCCCUCCUCCAAGGACUGGCGCGGUGGUCGUGCUGCUGCCCAGAACAUCAUCCCCAGCAGCACUGGUGCCGCCAAGGCUGUCGGCAAGGUCAUUCCUGCCCUCAACGGCAAGCUGACCGGUCUGUCGCUGCGUGUGCCCACCUCCAACGUCUCCGUUGUCGACUUGACUUGCCGCACCGAGAAGCCCGUCAGCUACGACGAGAUCAAGGCCACCUUCAAGAAGUACUCCGAGGGCGAGCUCAAGGGCAUCCUUGGCUACACCGAGGACGACGUUGUCUCCUCCGACAUCAACGGCAACACCGCCAGCUCUGUCUUUGACGCCAAGGCUGGUAUCUCCCUCAACCCCAACUUCGUCAAGCUUAUCAGCUGGUACGACAACGAAUGGGGCUACUCCCGCCGUGUCGUUGACCUUAUCGUCUACGUCUCCAAAGUUGAUAGUCGCGCAUAGGAUGAGGCGCAGACUUUGCACAAAAGUCUGCUCUAAAUUCCGAACAUUAGGGUUUCAAUUGGAACGCGUAAAAACAUCUGAAGAUUGACAACUGACGACUGAUUCCUGCGAAUCUGGGCUGUGAGAGCCUCUUUUCUGUACUAGAACAGAUCUAUUUAAAGACGCAAUGAAUGAAAAUAAUUUAAUAAUG